AUGCUGAAUAUUUACCAGAUCCUCGUGCAGUCGCUAAAUAGUGAGGUGUGCGUGAGAUAUGUGCACAACAAGGAAAUAAAGACAGCCACAGGAAUACUGCACAGCCUAGAUGAGCACCUAAAUAUUGCACUGCGUGCAGAUAACGCUGUCACUAUAUUCUACACAAAAUAUAUCAUAGAAUGCAUUGUGAGUAAGAGUACAGAGCACAGUAAGUAG